UAACUCGCCUCGUCGGUAAAUAGUCGUACCUGUGUGUUUCAAUGGAGAGACUAAGAUUUCGAUAAAGUAGAGACAUGGUGUUUUGUUUGUUAAAAUCAUGACAUAUCUUGAUAUCCCGUGAACAUUCGAAGAAGUUCGCCCUUUUCAUCUGGAAUACCUAGCCAUUUCUUCAUCUGUGAUUGCCUGUUAAUGCUAGAGUUGUGAAUAUUUUGGAGCAGCCAGUGGCUUUGAUACGGGAGAGCUCUUGGAUAAUUUACGCACAUGCAAGCAGUUUCAACAAGAUAGAGAGUCGGUGUUUAUGUUUUCAAUGGAAUUUAAAGAUUCAUGAGGAUUUUUCUUGCUAUCAACAUGUGAUAAAUUUAUACAUUACACGCCGACUAUUAGCACAGACCAUUAGAUGUUUCGCCAACAAGCGUGGAUUAAGUAUUCUUUGGAAAAUGUGUGAUUACUUUCAGAAACACGCAGGAAUUUUAUGCUUUAUGUGUUCGUAUCCACCAAACCUUCACCAUUAGUGAAUAUAGGACAAUAUCCAAUGUUCCGGAAGAGGGGUAUUCCGAGACUUAUAUGUUUCGUUCCAAGAGAUCGACACUAGUACGCGAGCUCUGGAAACUGCGAAUAACACAAAAUGACUCCGAAAGUCAAAAUGAAAAAGAAGCGAACGAAAGCAAAUCAGUCCUUCAUUCUAUGUUGAAACGCCUCAAGGAGAAAAACUUGGAAAUUUUGCUCCGAAGCAUAGAGUCGAAGGGCAGGGAACAAACUCAAUGUGUGUUGCUUCCCAAUGUGGAAUUAAAAAUGGGGAAACACACGACGGACCCUCAUAUUCUGUGCUGUCAGGUUUGGCGUUGGCCCGACCUGACACUGGACACGACGUUACGGCAAUUGCCGUGUUGUGAAACGGAUAAAGAUCCGCUGUACGUUUGUUGCAAUCCACAUCAUUGGAGUAUACAACAAACUGCAGAAUCUUCAUAUUGUGCUGACAAAGCAAAUUCUCUUACCUCAGGAAUUGAUUGGCCCAGUGAUAUUUCUAUGGAAACAGUUUCCACGGAAACAGGUCUCACACCUUCAUGCAGAAAACAUUUUGACGGUGACAUAUCAGGUAACGAAAACACUUCUUUUUUCUGAGUGGUUUUCCUUUUAGAAGAAUUGUUGCUUGUCCAUUAUGGCUUUCCCUUGAGUAGGUGGAUCCCAGAAUUUUUCUUCUUGCGAGUGGG